GGUUGUUAUCUUUAUUACAGGCGUCUACAACAAUUUUUAAGGGCAACAGAUAGGAGUAAGAGUGACCUAAAGCUGGUCAUCUUUAUUCCCAGCCAGGAACACUCCUGUCCCUAAAGUAGCCAAGUGGCCAUCUUUGUUUCUGGCAAGGAGGGAGCUGAAGCCGCCCGCAGCCAUGACUAGUGCUGGCAUAAUGCCGUCACGGCCUCGGGCGCCGCUAAUCUGACGUCACGGCUCUUUGCUGAUCUCACCCUCUCCAGUUUAAAACCAGCGGUUCGUGGGUUCUCUCGGCUUCUUCCUUUCCCACGCCCCGAAGCUGAGACGGCCUAAACGAAGAUGGAGAGAGGCCCCGGAAGUAGGGAGGACCUCCGAGCACGUGAUGAAGGCCCCGCGGAUGCUGUCACGUGACCACCAAGCUGCAGCUCCUCGGUACGGAACGCUCCGCUGCUCUUAAAGGUACAGGCGGUAGGGCCCCAGCUCUAGAGGGGGCGGGGGCAGAACCCGACGGAUGGGGCGUGGGAGGGCGCGAGAUGGAGCCCGGGCCUCGCCUGAAGGAUCGCGGGGCGCGAGUGCAGCAUGUCUGCCGGAGCUGGGAGCGGCAAUGGGGCGUUGAUCCUUCCCACCUGUCGCAGACCCUCAUCCGCCGCGUCGGAGCUAACUCUGAACACUCUCAGACUUCGGACCCUUCGGGGGACCUGAACUUGAUGCCAUGGGAAGCUGUGCGGGCUCGCGGUGGCGGCGCCUUUCGGAUUCCGAGGGGAAGGAGGCCGCCCCGGAGCCCCGGGCCCCUCAGCUGGACCAUCAGGGUGCCCACUGGAAGAACGCGGUGGGCUUCUGGCUCCUGGGCCUUUGCAACAACUUCUCUUAUGUGGUGAUGCUAAGUGCUGCCCAUGACAUCCUUAGCCAGGAGAGGGCACCUGGAAACCAGAGCCAUGUGGACCCAGGCCCAACGCCCAUCCCCCACAAUAUUUCAUCUCGAUUUGACUGCAACUCUGUCUCCACGGCUGCGGUGCUCCUGGCAGACAUCCUCCCCACCCUUGUCAUCAAAUUGCUGGCUCCUUUUGGCUUUCAUCUGCUGCCCUACAGCCCUCGGGUUUUGUUCAGUGGGGUUUGUGCUGCUGGGAGCUUCAUCCUGGUUGCCUUUUCUCAUUCAGUGGCAAUCAGCCUGUGUGGUGUGGUCUUGGCUAGCAUCUCAUCAGGCCUAGGGGAGGUCACCUUCCUCUCGCUCACUGCCUUCUACUCCAGGGCUGUAAUCUCCUGGUGGUCCUCGGGGACUGGGGGAGCAGGGCUGCUGGGGGCACUGUCCUACCUGGGCCUCACCCAGGCUGGCCUCUCCCCCCAGCACACCCUGCUGUCCAUGCUGGGUGUCCCUGCCCUGCUGCUGGCCAGCUAUUUCCUGUUGCUCACGGCUCCCAAGCCCCAGGACCCUGGAGGGGAAGGAGAGGCAGAGACAUCAGCCCGGCAACCACUGAUAGGCAGUGAGGCCCCGGAGUUGAAGCCAGGCUCCAGCCCCAACCUCUCCCUUCAGGAAAGGUGGACUGUGUUCAAGGGCCUGCUGUGGUACAUCAUCCCCUUGGUCCUGGUGUACUUUGCCGAGUAUUUCAUCAAUCAGGGACUUUUCGAGCUCCUCUAUUUCCGGAACACAUCCCUGAGUCACGCUCAGCAAUACCGCUGGUACCAGAUGCUGUACCAAGCUGGCGUCUUUGCCUCCCGCUCUUCUCUCCGCUGCUGUCGCAUCCGCUUCACAUGGGCCCUGGCCCUUCUGCAGUGCCUCAACCUGGCCUUCCUGCUGGCAGAUGUAUGGUUCAGCUUCCUGCCAAGCAUCUACCUCGUCUUCCUGAUCAUUCUGUAUGAGGGGCUUCUGGGCGGCGCGGCCUACGUGAACACCUUCCACAACAUUGCCCUGGAGACCAGUGAUGAGCACCGGGAAUUUGCCAUGGCAACCACCUGCAUCUCUGACACCUUGGGAAUCUCCUUGUCGGGGCUCCUGGCCUUGCCUCUGCAUGACUUCCUCUGCCACCUUUCCUGACCCUUGGGCUCCCUGGGACACAAGACACACUGACUUGUGGGCAGGCGGGCAGGCCAGACACCCAGGCCCGCUCCAGAGCCUAUCCACAGCUCUGCUCCACCUUCCCCCAGGGCUGGGGGUAGGGAGGUGCUAGGGCCUGGCUCCCCCUGCAAACGCGGCAGCCAGUGUCUCCCACUCCCAAGCUGGUCUCGGGGAGCUGCUGCUUGGCAUUAUGCCCUCUGAAUAAAAGCCUAUUUUAUCCAGUGA